GCUUUUCUCAGACCCGAAUUUAGGAGCGAUUCUGGGGCGUUUUCACUCCUGGAAGUCCGGAACACACACCGCAGCAAGAAUUAAUGCUGUCUUGUUCCAAAUGUUUGUCUACUUCUGGUCGAAUUUUCCACUUGGCUGAAGUUUAUUUCUGCAAACAUCCAGUCAGAAAAUUACACAAUAAAUUGAUGUUCAGCUUCUAGUAGGUGAAGCACAAGGCACACAAAAAAGAAUCUCCAGUACGUACAAAAUCCAUUUGGUACAUCACACAGAACAAUGAUGCCAAGUCCAGGCAAAGAGAAAACUCACCACUGUUUAGAUUGUGUGAAGUGUGAUCUCAAAAGACACCACUUCAUUUACACAGGAGAGAAACAGUAUCAGUGCUCAGACUGUGGGAAGCGUUUUAGUUAUCACAGUGCUUUCAUAACACACCAGCGCAUUCACACAGGAGAGAAGCCGUAUCACUGCACAGACUGUGGAAAGAGUUUUAAAGUACAGAGUACUCUCCGAAAUCACCAGCGCAUUCACACAGGAGAGAAACCGUAUCACUGCUCAGACUGUGGGAGGAGUUUUAAUCGACUGGAUACUCUCAAAAUACACAAGCUCAGUCACACAGGAGAGAAACCGUAUCACUGCUCUGACUGUGGGAAACAUUUUAGUAAUCGCAGUGCUUUUAAAACACACCAGCGCAUUCACACAGGAGAAAAACCGUAUCACUGCACAGAGUGUGGGAGGAGUUUUAAUAAGCGUAGUGAUCUCACAAGACACCUGCGCAUUCACACAGGAGAGAAACCACAUCACUGCACAGACUGUGGAAUGAGUUUUAUUCAACUGGGUUCUCUUAAAAUACACCAACGCAUUCACACAGGAGAGAAACCACAUCACUGCUCAGACUGUGGGAAAAGCUUUGAUGGACAGAGUGAUCUCAAAAAACACCAGCGCAUUCACACAGGAGAGAAACCAUAUCAGUGCUCAGACUGUGGGGCGAGCUUUAAACGACUGGAUACUCUCAAAACCCACCAGCGUGUUCACACAGGAGAGAAACCAUAUCAGUGCUCAGACUGUGGGAAGAGCUUUAAUCAAGUGAGUACUCUCAACAUGCACAGGCGCAUUCACACAGGAGAGAAGCCGUAUCACUGCUCAGACUGUGGGAAGAGUUUUACUAGAAUGAGUGCUCUCAACAUACAUGUGCGCCUUCACACAGGGGAGACACCAUAUCACUGCACUGACUGUGGGGAGAGCUACAGGUGUUUAGUUACAUUAAGGAAACACAAGUGCACUAAAAAAUUAGCAAUAACCCUUUCAGAGCAUAUUCUAAAGUAGACUGAAGAGGGGCAGUUGAAGAAAGUCCACCGAAACUCUCUGGAUUGUUAUCAGAACGCUUGUGCUAGGUUGGGAAGAACCGAGUAUGGAAAAAGAAUUGAGCUCAUUUGGAAGGAUUUAUAUAAACUAUGGGACAUCAAACUGACUUGUGCUCGUAACCUCUGUUGAGAAUGGACUUCCAAUGAUGUAGGAACUCUUAAUGUAAAAUAGCUAAUCAUAAGCAAAUAUUUAUUUGAUCAGUUACAUGAUAUCUUUGAUUUCCAUGGGUACUCUCAAACCCUCACUACGCUUUUCUCUCACUUUCUCUGGGUUGUAAAUGUGUUGAUCUGUCUAUGAUUUUACUUUGUUUUACUGUAUUUUCAUGCUUGCAUUUUUCAAGUAUCUGUAAUGCUGAAACAAGUUUUUUUUUAAAUAAACUAAAACUUUUAAAUUUGGA